GGUUUAAUAAAUAUUCAUUUGUAUAGGACUAUAAGUUUUCGGAGUCGAGUUUUGCCCCCUAAUGCGGUGUGGAUGGAGAAUUCAAAACUGAAGAGUUUGGAAAUUUGCCACCCUCAGGAGCGGAACAUUUUCAAUCGGAUCUUUGGUGGUUUCCUUAUGAGGAAAGCAUAUGAACUUGGGUGGGCUACUGCCUGUAGCUUCGGUGGUUCUCGACCGUUUGUGGUAGCAGUAGAUGACAUCAUGUUUCAGAAACCUGUCGAGGUUGGCUCAUUGCUCUUUCUUUCUUCGCAGGUAUGCUUUACUCAGAAUAAUUACAUUCAAGUCAGAGUACACAGUGAAGUGGCCUCCCUGCAGGAGAAGGAGCAUACGACCACCAAUGUCUUUCAUUUCACAUUCGUGUCAGAAAAAGAAGUGCCAUUGGUUUUCCCCAAAACAUAUGGAGAGUCCAUGUUGUACUUAGAUGGGCAGCGGCAUUUCAACUCCAUGAGUGGCCCAGCGACCGUGAGAAAGGACCACCUUUGGAACCCUAGGAACACCACAUUUGUUGAAAACUAGCACUCCACCCACAGUGACGUGGUAUCUGAUGAAGACCUGAUCGAGUGUAUUGGUUUUAGUGUUGCAUCUAAUCCUCCAUACAGGAGGAGGAUGUAUUCAGCCUUUAGGAUGAUCAGAAAAGCAGAAAGAGAGAGUGGCCAGAUGGGGCUGAGGGGAGAAAGAAUUAUUAAACAAUAAAUACUUUCAAAACAAUUUUUAAAUUAUGAACCUA